AUGCCGCUAUUUGCGCGAACAUGUUCAAUUUCGAAUUUCAUUAUUCACUUUUCAUGUCUGUAGAGUUUCAUAAUCGAAAGUGGCAACACGUCAGCAGUGAAUACAGUAACAGCAACUACAGCUCGAACAAAAGAAGAAGAAGAGGAAGAAGUGACAGCUAGCGACAACAGCAGCAUUGACUUUAGCAGAAGUAGCAACAGCAGUCAGCGCCUACCCCGACGCACACUCACCUCACCACCACCUCCCAAGCCACCCAAGCCACUCAAGCUGACAAAGUGCCAUAGCAGUGAUCAUCAGUUGCAACAUCAUCUGCUACUCGUCGACUUACCGAACUAUCAACAGCAACACCACGAACAUAAUCAAAUCAAUCACGCGCUUCGACAGCCGCCACACAGACAUCAGCAACAUAAACCUCCACAUCAGCAUAAGCAUCAUCAUCAUCACUAUCAUAUCCAUAAUAAGCAGAAAACCCCACCAAAUUCACAGCAAGUACAACAAAAAGAGCAACAAAGCGAUAGCAGUAACUUAAUGCCUUCGCAGGAUUACGGUGUGCCGCCACCGCUGCCACCAAAACCGAAAAGCUUAUUGCAACACAUCAAACCGCAGCAACAGCAACAGCAACAGCUUCAGGAGCAACAACAAUAUAAGCUUUUACAGCAACAAUUGCAGCAACAGUUACAGCAACAGCUACAGCAAGUGCUUAAACCACAACAGCAGUUACUGGCUGAGCCGCAACAACAAAACGAUCAGCAGCAGCAACAAAAGCAAUCGCGGCGAAAUUCCAAUGACACCACCACACAUCAUCAGCAACAAUCACCUAAAUCACCAAAGCCGCCGCCAUCACCACGUACCCCAAAAUCCCCACUACCGCCAACGUCAUCCUCACCGCUCGCACUUCAGUCUUCAGGCAGCAAGAAGGACGCUGCGAAAUCGCCAACGCAAUCACAAACGCAAACUCAGACAUUUCAAUUCCAUCGUUUCCAUCAUCACAAAUCGGCGCCCACAUUUGAUCUCUUUUUCAAAUCGCCCACGAAUUCAUCCUGUGCCACGCCCCUAUCCAAAUCACGCCGCAACAGUUCAUAUCAUUCGUACGAUGAUUUGGAUGCCACGAGCGCCGAGAAGAAAGUUGUGUCCAGUUUGAAAUAUUUGUGCGCCUGCACUGGCGCCACUUUGCGAAAUCUCUCGAAGAAAACAAAAGAUUUACACGCGAAGAAUUACUGUUACACGAAGCCCACGUGGCGUCUCUGGGGCGAGGAGCACGAGAAGAAUGCCAUUUUCACUGUCUACCUUAAAAAGGCGUAUCAUCGACCAACACCCACGGCGAACAAUGAUUCGGACGACGAAAUUAGCCACCUGGAAUGGGAAACGGUGAGAGUGCGCUUCGUGAAGGCGGCCACAUUGUCGCGACUGGUCGAGGCGUUAGCCACCGACGAUGGUGAAUUGGAGUCGACAUUUAUCAAUGUAUUUCUCACAUAUCGCACCUUCUCUACACCCAAAGAGGUGCUCGGUCUGCUCAUACGACGCUAUGACACACUCAACGACAAACACCUGCAAGAGAUCGAAGAACAUCAACAACUCGACGAUGUCAGCUACGAUCCGGCGGCUUCCAUACACGAACAGCACAAGAAAACUCUAGUCUCUGUUCAUGUGUGGUUGGAUGGCUUUCCGGAGGAUUGGAAUGAGGAUAGCCUGCGGCAGAUAUUAACGUUUGCGUCAAAGCGGCUGCCGCGCUCAGAGUUGCAUGUGAAGGUAUUGCAUCGACUGGAGCGCAUACUGCGACAGCAGGUGUAUGGUGAGGGUAGCAUGCCACCUUGGCUGCCGAGCAGCAUGGGCGCGAAUGCAAAUGGCAGUGGCAUGAAUAUGAGUCAUGAGCGUGGGUCUGCAUUGCCGCAACACUACAAUGCAGAAUUCACAGAACAAUUUGCGGGGCUCUGCUUGGCGCCGGCGUUUCGUGGCCCGACUCACUUCUUGCAGGCAUUCCGCUUUCCACACGUACCGGUGCGACAUUUCGCCGAACAGCUGACGCGCAUGGACUCGGAGCUAUUCAAGCGGCUGAUACCACACCAAUGUCUGGGGGCGACGUGGGCGCGACGCGAUAAAAGCGGCUCAGAAACAGUGGUGGCUACGAUAAAUCAAUUCAAUGCUGUACUCUUUAGGGUUAUUUCUAGUAUACUAAUUGAGCCAAGACUUAAACCACAGGAACGUGCUUUAAAUAUUGCCACCUGGAUUGAUAUUGCGCAAGAAUUGCGGUUGCUAAAGAACUUCUCUUCGCUGAAGGCGAUUAUUUCGGGCUUGCAGUCGAAUCCUAUUUACAGACUUUCAAAAAUAUGGGCAGUGCUACCCAAAGAAAAGAUGGAGAUUUUCAGUGAACUUGCCAGAAUAUUUUCGGAGGACAACAAUGCUUGGGCGCAGCGUGAGGUACUCAUGCGUGAGGGCACUGCGAAAUUCGCCGAUACGGUGGGUGAGCACGAUCGCCAUCUGCAGAAAAUCAUACAGAAACAAAGCACGCAGACGUCGCACGGCACUAUACCUUACCUGGGUACCUUCCUCACCGACCUGACAAUGAUACAUGCCGCCAUACCGGAUACGAUAGGCGAACACCAGCUCAUCAAUUUCGACAAGAAGCGCAAAGAGUUCGAAGUACUGGCGCAAAUUAAACUGCUACAGGGUGCCGCCAAUACGUACAACCUGCGCGAUGAUCCAAACUUCGAUCGUUGGUUCGCCUCAAUGCUGGUGCUGGACGAGCGUGAAGCGCAUACACUCUCCUGCCAACUCGAGUCGCCCCCACCAGCGCCGCGCAAGUCGACUGCCUCAAUUAAUACAUCGCUCACGAAUACGACGAUCUCAUCGAACUCCAUGGGCGUCGGUGGUGUCGGCGGUAAUGGUCACCGCAAGACUGAUUCGAUAGCCUCGAAUUCGAGCAGUGGUGCCGGAUCACAGUUCUAUUGUGAGCUGAACAACAGCUACAGUUCGCACUACAGCUCGCGGCACAAUUCACUCGAUCGUGAUGCGCAGGCGCCGAACGCAUCACUGCUGUCUGCAUCGAGCAGCGUGUCGAAUCUUUCGAUGGACUCGAGUAAUUCGGGUGGACAGAAGUCGAAUACGAAAAUGUCACAUUCGCAUUCGACAAAUGGCGUACGUGGUAGCGCGGCGGGACACAACAACUCGCAGCUGAAUGUUGGCUCGCCGAUUAUCAACGCACAGCUGGUGCAAUCGCCGGGGGCGAAGACCAACAAUGCGCCCGAUUUUUACAUCAUACGCGUGACGUAUGAGACGGAGAACGUGGAGUUGGACGGCAUCGUGCUAUAUAAGAGCAUAAUGCUGGGCAACAACGAGCGCACGCCGCAGGUCAUACGCAACGCGAUGAUGAAGCUCGGCCUCGAGGCGGAUCCCGAGCAGUAUACGCUGGCACAGGUGCUACCCGACAAGGAGUUGGUAAUGCCGAAGAAUGCGAAUGUCUACUAUGCGGUGAAUACGAACUUCAAUCUGAAUUUUAUACUGCGGCCGAAGAAGAAAGAUGCCAGCACCAAUGGUAGCUAGUGUUGUGGGAGGGGAGAAAUGGAGUGCGUGUACCGUUUUAAGCUCGUUUUUGUUUCGACCGCUUUGGUGCUUUAUACGAGUUGGAGGAGAAAUGGGGUUGCGGAGCUACCGCCGCGGCUGCUACGCAACUACAACUACAAAAUAUAUCGUAAAGAAAACACUUAAUAAUAUACACACAUACAUACAUAUGUAAAAUAUGCAGAUAGAGCUAUUUCAUACUCACAAAGAUAAUUUGCUAUUGCAAAUCUAAAAAAAGUAAUCUCAAAUUAUGAACCAAUAUUUAGUGUAAAUAAUUGUUGUGUUUUAGCUUAAUUUUUGUAUUGUAUUUUAUUUCAUUUUAUAAUAUUUUUGUAUAAAUGUAUGUAUCUUUAAGUUUGCAUGUAGUUUACGUAAAUUAUGUCUGUAGCUUUUUGUAUAAUUCAAAAUUUAGCUUAUGUCAGAGCGUUCAAAAUGAUAUUUUAUAUAUAUGUAAGUGCUAGGUUUUUGAAAAAAUUUAAAUUGCUCAUUUAUUUUGUAGACUAAACGCAUAAGCUACGCCGCUUUAAUAAUGGUUUAAAUUAAAAAAGAAAAAAAACAAUAUUUUAAUUUAAAUUCAAGAUAAUACAAUAAUUGUAAUUAAAGGGCAAUUUUAAUUAAGAUUUUUCUGUAUAAUAAAUAUUUAUAAAGAAUUUAUAGUGUGGCUCUCUAUUUACUGAGAAGUUGUCAUGUAAUGUGUUACACGAAAAUAAUUUUAAAAGAGGUUCGAAUAAAUUUUUUAUAAACAUUAUGAUGUAAGAAGUUUAUUUUCCAGUUUUGAAAGGUUUAUUACACAGAAUUUAAAAAUAAAAUAAACUGAAGUAA